CAGAAGUGGUAUUGACCGGCUAGCCAGAACCAAGUAAGCAAGAUUCUCAAGUGUUUCCGUGAGGAACUGGCCACUGCCUUUGGGAAAUAUACGAUCAAAAUAGAACACAAGAAUAACCUCAAUCUGUGAGUUAUACUGCUAGAGUACACGUAAACUAACACAUCGAGGAGUGUUUGGCUUCAAAUGAUCAGGUUUGGUACUGCAACGUACCAUUGAAGCCAAAAAAUGAAACCGAAUUUAUAGUGAACGAUUGUAAUAUAUAUGGGAGUGGAUACUCAGUCAGUGAUACUAAUAAGAUAAUGACUGAAAUGAAGAAUUAUGUCGUAUCUAAGUGUAGGGACGAAUUUCGAAAGUAACAAAAACGGAAAAGACGUUAUCUAGAAAGGAAAAUACAUCAAAUUGGACUUUCUACAUCUUUACCAGCAACUGCAAUAUAGGGACCAAAGAUAGGUGUCGCUGAAAGGCUGGAAUUCAAGGAUGAAGUUUAAAGAAUUUUGGACGAAUUCUUUCACUCGUCCGAAGAAAUCUAAGAAGAAGCAAAAAGGACAACCAGUUUUUGAUUACGUAACUAAGCCACAAGAGACAACCAAUUCAAGCACAGCAACCUCUAGUCCAACAAGCCCGUCUGAUUCAGCAAACGGAAACUGCAGACCAAACAAUCGAGGCAAGAAUGAAGUGAAAGCCAACAAGUUUUUAGUGACUGAUGAUUUCACAUAUUUCGAUGAUAAGCGCUAUCAAAACAGUGUAAACAACGCCAAUAACAAUUGCCAAGUGGAUCAUUUUAAUAUCUUCAGUGCUGAUACUAAGACAAACUGCGCUUGCUACAAGCACAUCGACUCCUAUUGUACAAUAAGCCAGAGAGCAGGAUCACAGAGACCACGUAUCAUCCCAGACAAUGAGACCAAGCUCACGUUGGAGCAUUUCGGUGAUACACUAUACGCAACUGUUCCAAAAAAUCGAUCGAGAAUUCGGACCAACCCAUGGCUGGCCUCGCCCGACAGCAUGAGCCCUGCUAGUAGUAUUACAUCUGGUUCACCAGCUUAUUCCCCAACAAACCAGAAACCUUUCAAGGAAAACGGAGAACGCAAAGCAUCCAUUAAUUCCGAUAGCUCUGGUAAGAGUUUCGACACAGAUAGAAAGAAAAGAAAGUGUGAUUUCGAAAUGACUUCGCCUAUAGUAGACGACAAUGAUAGAACAUUAACAAGGUCAUCCGGCGUUCAUGACUAUGUGAAUAUCAUGGAAAGUUCCAUGACAUCAACUGGAAGCACUGUUCCAUCAGAAACAAGCUUUACAACGAUGGAAUCAUACGAGUCUCCAAUGGCGACAAGCACGGAUAGUUUCACUUCUGGACAUUACUACGAACAACUUCGAAACGGACAUGGGAAUACAAGCCCUACAACCCAUAAUGUAACUGUCCCGAUUGUAAUCCCGGCAAAAGGACGACCUCAAAGUUUGAACAUCAACAACAGGACAACUAAGACUAGGGUAAUGAGAGAGCUAACCCCGUCAUUCGAGGACAGUUUUGAAUAUGAAGAGUCUCUGGAGACAGCACUCGACGAUUCUCAUCUGGACGAUGUCACCCCUUGUAACAGUGACGAUGAGACAUUGAAUGAUCUGGACAAAUCAUGUGAUAAUAGAAGAAUCAAUGAGUUAAAUGUGAGACAAAAUAUCACACAGGAUAGAGUUAUAUUGCGCCAGCUUGACAAUAACGUGGCACAGGAGGUCACUACUACUGGCAGUCGCAAGCCUGAUAGAGCAUACCAUACAUUGGAUAUAGCCAUGAUUAAAUCAAGAAAAGACGAUAGGGCCGGCAAAGCGUCGGGAAGAUCAAUUGAGCAGAUCCGUGAAAGCCUUGAGGAGAAAGUUACGAGACUAAGGAAGGAAAAAUGGGUCGUAUCUGAAAAGAUCCGCCAAGCGAAGGAAGAAGAAAGGGUGAGAAUACAAGAAAAGUUGAGAUUUCAAAGACAAGUGACAUUACAAAGGAAGGAGAUGCUACUGAAGACCCUACAGGAGUUGAGGGAAAAACUGGACAGUCAGAGUUACAGGCUACAAGCUAGCUACAAUCACAUGUUGUUCAUGCAUAGGAAUGAAUCCCGGCAACGUAUCUUACAAAGCAAUGAAGGUGACCAUGCACUAAGAGCUUUACCAGUGCAUCACCCUCUUGUGAAAGAAUCUCCAUUUUGAAUGUAUUGUAAACAAUUGAUCUCUUGAAGAUGAGAAAAUAAGAUCAUAUCCACAAAGGUUCUGUAGUAAUAUUUAGCCAGGGUGUAUUUGGUACAAGAACCUGGUAUUUAUGGUAUUGUUUAUCUCAUAUUUCUUACAUAUGUGUAAAGUAGUGAAGUGAUGGUUACAAAUCAGUCGUAUUGUUUAGUAUUGAUGUAAACAUAUACCCAAGGUUAUUUGGAUGAAGCAGCUUUUUCAGAGUAAGAAACAAAAUCAAUUGCAAAUUACAAAUAUGAACACUUGCUACAAAGGUAUUAGCUUCAAAAUGAAAUCUGACUUUCAAUUAGAAUCAUAAGCUGGUAUCAAGUUUACAAUUUUAUCUUUUGGCCAAGUUUUAUUAAUACAAAUACGCCAUUUUAGUGACGUUUAGGUAUAGUUCCAAUUGUUUCAUUAGAAUGAGCAUCUUCAUGACUUUUUCUGUAUUCUGUAUAUAUGGCAGACAGCAGGUUUUGAAGUACAGUUACUUUGUAUAUUUUGAAAUCAAAACCAUCUUUGUGAAUCGCUUUCUUCUUUAUCUUGAGACAGCGUUCUUGUUUUUAAAAUGAUGACACAAUGAUUUACUUCACUUGGUAUAAAUCUGUAAAUAUUUAUACUGCACACAUUUUGGACUUGAUGAUUUCGAGCGUGGACUUUGAAUAUUUAUGUGAGCUAUUUUCAUAUUUGAUUUAUUGGCUCAUAUCUCCGUGUUUCACUUGAUCCCCGAUUAGUUCACAUCAUCAAUGACACUACACAUGGUGUUUAUAAGAAUCAAUGAAUCAAUUUGAUUGGAAGAUAUCAAAUAAAUAUUAUAAGGUUUCAAUGUUAUUUUUCUCAUAUUUUACUUCUUUGCAUUACCAUUGUCCAUCGUGUAUAUUGUAUGUAUGAUGAAGUAUGUUCUGGAAAUAUACAAGUUUCACAUGGCCCAAAAUAAAUACAGCAGAAUAUAAUGGAGGCAGAUGUGACAAUGAAAUAUGAAAUAUUUUGAAAUAAUCCAUAUUCCAUUGUUAAUGUGUCAAUAUGGUAUUUAUCCAAGAAUGUUGCAUUUAUAUAGACGAUCUACAAAUUAUUGAUAAUGUUGAUAUAUAGUUAUAUAUUGUAUAGUUUUAGUAUUGUGGAAUAUUGGACAUUUAGAAACAGAUUAUUCAUUGGGCAUCAAGAUUAGCCCUUCCCCGAUAUACAGGGUGUCCAUAAAGUGUCCAUCCAUCCAAGAGACUUUAUCCACACCCUGUAUAUCUUC